UUUUGAACUACCAUCGACAGUUUUACCGGCUUGGGAUCUCUUAUAAUGAAACACAUGGCACUUGGUUGUGGGAGGACGGCUCUACUCCCUCUCAGGAUCUGUCUUGGGACACCAGCCUGCAGUAGUUUCCACCUGUUGCCUGACCUACAGAUUUUGGACUUGCCAGCCCUCCACAAUCCCGUGAGCCAGCAGAAGACUCCAGCCUGUUGCCUGAUCUAUGAAUUUGGAGCUUUAGAGCCCCACAAUUGUGUGAGCCAGUCUCUUGAAGUAAAUCUCUCUCACUCUGUAUACAUAGGUCUCAUCAGUUCCAUUUCUUUGAAGAACCCUAAGACAAGGAGAUACUCUGGUUCUAUGUUUUUUCUUUUGCCAAUCCUGGUUGAUUUAAUGAGGCUGGAAUAGGAAAUACAGAAAUGAGACAUGGUUAGACCAACUAGUCUGCUCAAAAGAAAAGAAAUAAAAAUCUACAGAAAAUACAGACACAGAGAGAUGGGUUUAAUUUAAAAUAUAUUGCUCGUGUGCCCUGGAUCAAGAUUACUUAAGUUUCUAACUUAAGUAACCUUGGACAAGUUACUUAGUCUUACUUGGCCUCAUUUUUCUCACUGGUAAAGUAGGAUAUUUGUAGUAUAUUCCUUAUCCAGUCCUUUUUUAAAACAUAUGAGUUAAUAUAUGUAAAAAGAUUUAAACUGUGUUUUGUGCAAAAUGAUUUUUGAUUAUUAUUAAAAUAGGAAAAUUAAGUGUAGAAUUUUAUUGCAGUAAGUAAAUUUACCUUUUGUUUGUCCAUUUUUUGGAUAUUUUCCAAAUAUAUAUUGAAGAUGACUUUGAGGUUGAAACACUAAAAGUAAAAACAAAAUACAAACUCCCUCUCAUCUUGUUUUCUGCUAAUCAAAGGGUUUCUAUUGCAAAAAUACAGUGAGAAUUUCCUGUAUUGUGAUAUCUGGAACAUAUAAGAAGCUGGUAGUUAUACUGCUUCUUGCUCAGUACUACACAUAUGUGGCUCACCAGUAGGUGCUUCAGGAACAUUAUGUAAGUACACAUUUUUUUUCUUUCUGUUUCUCUCUUAUAAUUUCUUCAUGCACAACUUUUGGAUUGUUUUGCUUCCAGCCCAGCUCUGUGAUCGAACACCACUCUUCCCCAACAAGCACUCCUCGCAGCUUCCCUGCAUCCACCUGGGACAUCAUCUCUCAUGGCAGCUUUUCAGAACAAUUUAUGGAGCCUGAUUUCUGGAGCCUUGGCAGUAGUGUGCCUUUUGUUGAUGGCUACUUUGGGAAUUUUAUUGAAAAAUUCAUUUGCCACAGAAAGUACUCUGCCAACAUCUUCUCCAGGAUCCACCCUAGAACCCCAGAGAGGCUCUGGCUGCUGUACUUGCCAAGAGAAGUGGAUUGGCUACCGAUGCAAUUGUUACUUCUUUUCCAAUGAAGUAAAAACUUGGGCAGAAAGUAGGGAUUUCUGUGCUUCUCACAAUUCCAGUCUACUUCGGCUGGAAAGCAAAGAUGAAUUUAGCUUUAGGAUCUCCGAUGACCGUUAUUACUGGAUUGGACCCACUUACAAUGAAAGACGUGGUGCGUGGCUGUGGGAGGACGGCUCUGCUCUCUCCCGGGAUCUAUUUCCAUUGUUUGCAGCUCUAAAUCCACAGAAAUGCAUAUUGUAUGAUAGCGAUAUUAUUUUGGAUGAAGAUUGUGGGAAGAAACAUGGUUUUAUCUGUAAGGAAUAACUUACUGAAGUGUUUCUUGGGGCCGGGGAACAAUGCGGGUUCAGGUUUACCUUUUAUCUCAUAUUGUUACUAAUUAUCUACUUCUUAGGUCUGCAAAUUUUUCAGUUUUUUGUCUUAUACAAUUUUGUAUGUAUUUGAAUCCAUGUGUUUUAAAAUUGAUUAAAUUUCUGUGCCUAUACUUGAAUUUAUUAAGCAUGGAGAUGAAGAAUGGUACGAAUAUUUAGAUUUUAUGUGUUUAAUAUUAAAUAUAUUGUAGUUUCACGCAUCUUUUCUCGCAAAUUAUCUCUGCAGAAAUAUUUAAGUAAAAUUUACAACACCAAAUAAUAUAUAUCAACAUAAUUUCAGUGCUUCAUGUCCUUGUUGUUGUUGUCAGGUUCCGUCGAGUCGGUUCCGACUCAUAGCGACCCUAUGCACAACAGAACGAAGCACUGCCCAGUCCUGCGCCAUCCUUACAAUAGUUCUCAUGCUUAAGCUCAUUGUUGCAGCCACUGUGUCAGUCCACCUCAUUGAGGGUCUUCCUCUUUUCCACCGACUCUGUACUCUGCCAAGCAUGAUGUCCUUCUCCAGGGACUGAUACUUCCUAACAACAUGUCCAAAUUAUGUAAGACGCAGUCCCGCCAUCCUUGCUUCUAAGGAGCAUUCUGGCUGUACUUCUUCUAAGACAGAUCUGUUUGUUCUUUUGGCAGUCCAUGGGAUAUUCAAUUAUCUUCGCCAACACCACAAUUCAAAGGUGUCAAUUCUUCUUCGGUCUUCCUUAUUCAUUGUCCAGCUUUCACAUGCAUGUGAUGCGAUUGAAAAUACCAUGGCUUGGGUCAGGCACACCUAAGUCUUCAAGGUGACAUCUUUGCUCUUCAACACUUUAAAGAGGUCCUUUGCAGCAGAUUUACCCAAUGCAAUGCGUCUCUUGAUUUCUUGACUGCUGCUUCCAUGGCUGUUGAUUGUGGAUCCAAGGAAAAUGAAAUCCUUGACAACUUCAGUCUUUUCUCUGUUUAUCAUCAUGUUGCUCAUUGGUCCACUUGAGAAGAUCUUUGUUUUCUUUAUGUUGAGGUGCAAUCCAUACUGAAGGCUGUGGUCUUUGAUCUUCAUUAGUAAGUGCUUCAAGUCCUCUUCACUUUCAGCAAGCAAGGUUGUGUCAUCUGCAUAACCUAGGUUGUUAAUGAGUCUUCCUCCAAUCCUGAUGCCCUGUUCAUCUUCAUAUAGUCCAGCUUUUUGGAUUAUUUGCUCAGCAUACUCAUUGAAUACUUAUUUUGAAAGAAUACAACUCUGACACACACCUUUCCUGACUUUAAUCCACUCAUUACCAACUUGUUCUGUCAGACUACUGCCUGUUGAUCUGUGUAAAGGUUCCUCAUGAGCACAAUUAAGUGUUCUGGAAUUCCCAUUCUUCGCAAUGUUAUCCAUAAUUUGCUAUGAUCCACACAGUUGAAUGGCUUUGCAUAGUCAAUAAAACACAAGUAAACAUCCUUCUGGUAUUCUCUGCUUUCAACCAGGAUCCAUCUGACAUCAGCAAUGAUAUCCCUGGUUCCAUGUCCUCUUCUGAAACCGGCCUGAAUUUCUGGCAGUUCCCUGUCAAUAUACUGCUGCAACUGUUUUUGGAGGAUCUUCAGCAAAAUUUUUCUUGAGUGUGAUGUUAGUGAUAUUGUUCUAUAAUUUCCACAUUUGGUUGGAUCACCUUUCUUGGGAAUAGGCCUAAAUAUGGAUCUCUUCCAGUCAGUUGGCCAGGAAGCUAUCUUCUAUAUUUCUUGGCAUAGACAAGUUAGCACCUCCAGCACUGCAUUUAUUUGUUGAAACAUCUCAAUUGAUAUUCCAUCAAUUUCUGGAGCCUUGUUUUUCGCCAAUGCCUUCAGAGCAGCUUGGACUUCUUCCUUCAGUACCAUCGCUUCGUGAUCAUAUGCCACCUCUUGAAAUGGUUAAACAUUGACUAAUUCUUUUUGGUAUAAUGACUCUGUAUAUUCCUUCCAUCUUCCUUUGAUAUGCCUGCGUUGUUUUAUCUUUUCCCCAUGGAAUCCUUCACUAUUGCAACUCGAGGCUUGAAUUUUUUCUUUAGUUCUUUCAGCCUGAGAAAUGCUGAGCGUGUUCUUUCCUUUUGGUUUUCCAUCUCCAGCUCUUUGCACAUGUCAUUACAAUACUUUACUUUGUCUUUUCAAGAGGGCCUCUGAAGUCUUCUGUUCAGUUCUUUUACUUCAUCAUUCCCUCCUUUUGCUUUAGCUCCUCGAUGCUCAAGAGCAAGUUUCAGAGUCUCCUCUGACAUCCAUCUUGGUUUUUCUUUGUUUCCUGUCUUUUCAGUGAGCUCUUGCUUUCUUCUUGUAUGAUGUCCUUGAUGUCAUUCCACAACUUGUCUGGUCUUUGGUCACUAGUGUUCAAUGAAUCAAAUUUAUUCUUCAGAUGGUCUCUAAAUUCAGGUGGGAUGUACUGAAGGUCAUUUUUUAGCUCUCAUGGACUUGCUCUGAUUUUCUUCAGCUUCAGCUUGAACUUGCAUAUGAGCAGUUGAUGGUCUGUUCCACAGUUGGCCUAUGGCCUUCUUCUGACUGACAAUAUUGAGCUUUCCCACGAUCUCUUUCCACAGAUGUAGUCAAUUUGAUUUUUGUGUGUCCAUCUGACAAAGUCCAGGUGUAUAGUCACCGUUUAUAUUGGUGAAAGAAGGUAUUUGCGAUGAAGAAGUCAUUGAUCUUGCGAAAUUCUAUCAUUCGACCUCCAGCAUUGUUUCUAUCACCAGGGGCAUAUUUUCCAACUAUUGAUCCUUCUUGACAUCCUUAUUUGCUUCAUAGUUUUAUAUUUAAAUGGAAACAAUCAAUAUGUAAUAAUUGAUCUCAAUAUAUAAAGAAUCAAGUUGUCUUAGUCAUCCAGUGCUGCUAUAACAGGAACACCACAAGUGUAUAGCUUUAACAAAGAAAAGUUUAUCUCUCAAGUCCAGAAAUAUAGAAGUCCGAAUUCAUUGCGCCUGCUCCAGGGGAAGGGUUUCUCUCUUUGUUGGUUCUGGAGGAAGGUCCUUGUGUGCAGUCUUGACUUGGUCUGGGAGCAUCUCAGCACAAGAACCUCAGGUCCAAAGGACACUCUCUGCUCCUGGCGGUGAUUUCUUGGUGGUAUGAGAUCAAUUCCCAUGUCUCUCUGGUAGUUUCUUUCCUUUAUAACUCAAAAGAGAUUGGUUUAAGAUACUAUCUAACCUUCUAGAUCCCAUUAACAUAUCUGCCACUAAUCCAUCUCAUUAACAUCAUAGUGGUAGGAUUUAUAACACAUAGGGAAAUCACAUCAGAUGACAAAAUGGUAGAGAAUCAUAUAGUAGUGGGAAGCAGGACCUAGGGAAGUUGACAGAUAUUUUGGGAGGACACAAUUCAAUCCAUGAUACAAGGAGAGGAAAAAACCUAUUAGAUUUUAUUUAUUAAAGAAUAAAUAAAAUAGGACUACAGUACUGAACGCUUCGUGCUCUUCUAUGAUGAUUCACUUAGGAAAAAUGCACACAAAUUGAUUAAAGAUGCAGAUUUUAAAAUGCUUGACCUUUGACUAGAGAAAUUACAUAUCACACUUUCUGAAUAUUUAAAAUCUUCUGGUUUUAUUGUUCAUGUGUUUCUAAAGUAAUACACUUUUAGUUUGACUAAAAACCAAAACAAUAUAGAGGCAUAUAAUGAAAAUCAAGUUCCAUGUCUCAAGUGUACCAUCUCCCUGUCCUCCUCCCAUGAGGUGCUGUUUCUUGGUUUGAUUUUGCUGUUUAUAGUCGUUUUCUCUGUAAGAGCAAGAGAAAUCUAUCUGUUUAUAUUUAGCCACAUCCAAGCAUAGGUUACGGUUGUUCUCUUUCAUGUCAUUACUCUCUCAGGUGUUUCAAGCCCCAUCUGAGAGCUCACAGACAUUUAUUACAGUUCCAAGAGGAGUGGGCAACAGAUGGUGUUAAAUAUGAUGGGAGAUGUCUACUUUUAGAGGGUAAUUCAUGCCAAAAAUUAUCUCCACUGGAAGAAGAAAAUUCCCCUUGCCCUCCAAUAACAGUUGAGAUGUUUCUUCAGCUACCAUAACGCUUCAGGGCACUGAUAACAGAAGGUGUUGACUUGAAUGUAGAUAUUGGUCAUCCAAGGGAGAGUAUCUUUUUCACAGCAUGAUCACAUUAUAUUAGAUGCACUCGAUCCAUGCUCACUUGACUGCUUUCUCUCAUCUUUUAUAGUCUUCAAUAAGGGGGGAAGAAGCAUUUUUUUUAUUGGUAGGGCUUUCUCUCAGCCUUUUUUUUUUUUUUAAUGUGACACAAAAUCUCUUAUAUACUCUCUGGGGAAAGGCACUUUUUUCUUUUUCUUCUUCUUUGAAAUGGGCUAAUGUACAUGGAAGUAUCUAGUUGAGUAAAUAUCUCUGUGUUGGGCAUAGAACAAAGGGACGAGAGGUAAGAAAAUGUGCAAAACACACAAACACACCAAAUAACAAAACAUGAUUACCACAUGUCAGUUUAUAUUAAGUUAAUCCUGUUAUCAUAAGCAUAUCUAUUUUGUGUUGCUAUAUGUCAAAUUAUUGUACAUUUAGAGAUUUAAAAUAGCACCUUUGUUAUUACAGCUUCCAUUGGGCAGAAUUUGGGAACAGCUUAUCUGGGUCCUUUGCUCAGGUUCACACAAAGCUGUUGUCAAGGUCUUGGCCAGACUGCAUUCUCAGCUGGAGCUCUUGUCCAAGCUCAUUCAGGUUGUUGGCAGAAUUUCAUUACUUAUUUUGUUCAGACUAAGGCUGACAGCAACUAGUGGCUACCCUUCUCCAUAGGCAAUUCACAUCAUGGCUGCUUGCAUCUUCAAAGCCAGAAAAAAAAUGUCUCUGAUUUCGUCCAUCUCUGACCUCUAGACUCUCUUUUAAAAUGUUCAUCUGAUUAGAUCAGGCCCAUCCAGUAUUACCUCCCUUUUGAUUAUGUCAAAAUCAACUUAAUUGUAUCUGAAAAUUUUUCUCACCUUUGCCAUGUAACCUAAUCUCAUCACAGGAGUGACAUUCCAUCCUAUUCACAAGUCCCACUCUCACUCAAGGUGGAGCAUUUAUACCAGGAAGCUGGAACCUUAGGGACGAUCUUAGAGUGUUUCCUACCACACCAACUGUCUUAGUUAUCUAGUGCCGCUCUAACAGAAAUACCACAAGUGGGUGAAAUUAACAAACAGAAAUAUUUUUUCUCACAAAUAGGAAGCUAGAAGUCCAUAUUCAGGAUGCUGGCUCCAGGGGAAGUCUUUCUCUGUCAGCUCUGGAGAAUGGCUGCUGUUUCUUCAGCUUCUGCUUCCUAUUUCCUUGGAAAUCUCCAUGUGUCUUGGUAUCUAUCUUAUUCCAUCUCUGCUCACUGGUUUGCUUGUUUAAUGUUUUGGAUCUCAAAAGGGAUUGACUCAAGGUACAAUUUAACAUGAAUCCUAUUUCAUUAACAUAGCAAAUAACUGCAGGCAUAGAGGUUAGAAUUUACAACACAUAUUUUUGAGGGACACAAUUCAAUCCAUAACAUCAAUAUACCGGUAAAAAAAUGAAACUUUUAUUUCUUAUUUUAUUAAAUUUAAUCUCUGCUUUUGAAUCUUGAUAAGAUAGCUGAGAAUUUAAAUCACAUAUUCUGCAACAAGUAAUUCUAUUCAAUUUUUCCCAUGUAUUAAUUCUUAGCUCCUCCAUAAUGACAUCUACAAUCUCACAUAGAAUGCCCGAGAAGGAUGGAGUUAUUUUAGCCAUGUUAACCGGGCAGUUCUUUGCUUAUCUUUAGGGAUACUUAAAAUCAUUUUCUUAUUCUCGGAUUAACUGUGGAUUAGCUGACUAACCAACUAACUAACUAACCAAUUUAUAGUGUGCUGUUUAAAGGGGCCACUUUGCUUAUUGACAGCUUGUACCUGAGACAACUAGUUAGACAUCCAUUCUUCAUCACCUGAUUAGGUGGGCAUAAGAGACUGCUGGAAACUGCUGGAGCUCCCCUGAAAUCGUGUUUUAUCACACAGAUAUCAGCAGUUCAGUCUAAAGAUGAAGCAUGUCUUUGUGCAAUUAAGAAUGACAUUUGGAAUUUGUUCCUGAAUGUCUCUUGGGCCCCGACUGUUUACAUAAAUUCCCUUUCUCAUGUGUAUCACAGUUUUUAGUUUUUUUUAUUUUUUUUAAUUCAUUGAAAGCAUUAUGUGAGUAUGUUCUGUUGAGCUUUAUGAUUCCGUUCAAUUAUCUAACACUGAGAAAUCUUUGGAACACCUAAACGUCCUUUUCCACUUCCAUAGUUUUGAGCCUUUUCUCUUUAUACCUUAGCGCAAGGCUUGAAAACAUUUUGUGGCAAUGCUGUAGAGGAAAUAUUUUCAGCUUUGUGUGUUAGCCUGUGUUUCAACUUCUCAGCUCAGCCAUUGCCUUGCUAAAGAUGUCAUAGACAAUAAGUAAGUAAAUGGUGUGGUUGUAUUCCAAAAAACUUUAUUUACAAAAACAGAUGGUAGGUUGGAUUUGGCCUAUAGGUUGUAGUUUGCCAACCUCUGUCAAAAUGUACAAAUAAGGUUACAAAAGCACCAAUCUUAUUCUCCACUUUGCCUUACCUUUUUCCAAAUCAUUUCUUACCCGUUGUAAAUGGACCUGUACAUUUUUCAAUAUAAAAACUGUUUUGUCUUUGAUUAUCAGUCUGUGGUAACCAGGCUGCAAUAUUCCACCAAUAAUCCGCACAUUCUGGUGUUUGUUUCUGUCUAUAAUUUCCUCCCACAUAGUAUUAGGUUUGACCUGUAUGACCAAUAGAACAACAGGACAAAUGAUGGCAUGUUGCUUUUGAGACUAGGUCAUAAAAGAAAGUGUGAAUUCUGCCUCUUUUCUUUCUCCCAGAUCGCUUGAUCUGGGGAAAGGCAGUUACCAAGUUGUGAGACACCCUGUGUAGGGGACUGUGUGGUGAGGAAUGGAAGCCUCCUAUGGAAAGUCACAAGAACUGAGGCCUCUUGGCAGGAGCCAUGUCAGUGAGCCUUCCUGGAAACCGACCCUCCAGCCAGAGUCAAGCCUUCAGAUGACUAUAGCCCAGCAGACAUCCUGACAGCAACAAGAGAUCCUGAGCCAGAUCCAUCCCUAAAGCUGUUUAGGAUUCCUGUCCUUCAGAAACAGUGUGAAAUAAUAAAUGCUUGUUGUUUAUUUAUUUGUAUAAACUUAGGGAAUGACACCUUAUGAGUCUCAUCCACACCUGGAUCUCCUGAGUUUCUGGACUUUGAGCUGGUGAUGUAAUAGGAUGAUACUUUUGGGGGCCACAGAAGGGGAUGAAUGUAUAUUGCAUGUGGGAAGGGCAGAAAUAAUUGGUGCCCAAGGCUGGACUCCUAUAUUAUUCAGCCUCCUAGAUGGCCCCUAAUGGCCCCCACCUCCUGAUAUUCACACCCUUUUGAAAUAAUCAACCAUAUUCUGUUAAGGUUGAUCUGUAUGAGCAAUGGAAUAUGGCCAAAGUUAUGGGGUGAUGUCUGUGAGGACAGGUCAUAAAAGACAGUGAGGCUUCUAUAUUCCAAGGUGCUUAGGAAAAUUUAUAAUCUCACCAGCACUGUAUGUGAGUUUGCAUUGCUCUUUUUCCUUUCCAACACAUACCAAAAAAAAAAAAAAAAUCCAAACCUUUUUUGGUCAAGUUGAUUCCAACUCAUAGCAACCAUAUAGGACAGAGUAGAACUGCCCCUAGGGUUUCUAAGACUGUAAUCUUUACGGAAGCAGACUGUUACUUCUUUCUCCCAUGGAGCGGGACCUUUCAGUGUGUAGCUGAGCACUUUAUCCACUAUGCCACCAGGGCUUCUACAUUUGUGAAGCUAUCACACAUCACCUUAAUCAAUGUAGAUAACGUGUAUAACCAACCAACCAAACAAACCAAACCCGUUGCCAUGGAGUUGAUUCUGACUCAUAGCGACCCUAUAGGCCAGCACAGAAUUGCCCUAUAGAGUUUCCAAGCAGCGCCUGGCAGAUUUGAACUGCCAGUAUUUAGGUUUGCAGCCGUAGCUCUUAACCACUAUGCCACCAGGGUUUCCUAGAUAACAUAUAUAUCACCCCAGAAAUUCCUAGCAACCCCAAGUAAUACUUUCCACCUGCUCCUAUGCACACAGAUGACCAUUGCAUGGCAUCUUGUUAGUACAGAUUUUAAUUUUUUAAUGCUUUGUGUAUAUACAUAUAUAUAUAUAACCAUGCAGUUUGUACACCUUUUGACUUUUUUUAGCCAAACAUAAUUAUUUUCAGAUUGAUUUAUGUUGUUAUGCAUAUCAGUAAUUGAUUUCUUUUUAUUGGUGAGUAGCAUUCCAUUUUAUGGGUGAAGCACAAUUUAUCCAUUCCCUGGUUGAUAGACAUUUGGGUUGUUUCCGUUUUGUGGUUAUCACUAAUAAAGUUACUAUGUGUAUUCACUCACAAGACUGUGUUUGGACAUAGAUCUUCUUUUCUUUUGGAUAAAAAAUAAUUUUUUAGGAGUAGAAUGGUUGGACCUUACAGUAGGUGCAUGUUUACAUUCUUAAAAACCUGUCAAACUGUUUUCCAAAGGGAUUGCUCCAUUUUAUAUUCCCACUAGCAGUGUCUGAGAGCUCACUUCCUCCGCAUCUUGGCCAGCACUGGAAUGAUCUUUAUACUUUUCGCCAUUCUAAUAAGUGUGCAGUAGUCAUUCAUUGUGUAUUUAAUUUGCAUUUCUCUAAUGAAUUAUGUUUUUGAACAUCUAGUCAUUUGCUUCUUUGCCAUAUUUACAUCUUUCUUGGUAAUUUUUCUGUUCAAAUAAGUUGCCAGUUUUAGUGUUUUUACUUUCUUAUUAAGUUGUGAUAAUUUUUGUGUAUUCUGUGUACAUGUCCUUUAUCAGACAGAUGUUUUUCAAAAAUUUUCUCCCAGUCUGAGGCUUGUCUUUUCAUUCCCUCAGCAGUGUCUUUCAAUGAGCUGUUUUAAACCUUGACAAAGUCGACUUUAUCAAUUUGUUCUUUUAUAAAUCAUGCUUUUUAUAAAUCAAGCUUUGGCUAAUCAAAGUCACAAAUUUUUUCUUGUUUUCUUCUAGAAGAUUUCUAGUUAGAUUGUACAUUUAGAUCUAUGAUUUACUUUGAAUUAUUUGACAUAUUUCAUGUAAGGGGUGAAUCAAAGACUUUUUUUUUUUAAAUCUGUUUUUUUCCCAUGCCAUUUGUUAAAAAUAUUAUCGUUGUUCCACUUAAAUGCCUAUGCACCUUUGUCAACAAUCAAGUUUCCAUAUAUGUAUGGAUCUGUUUCUGUGCUCCCUAUUUUGUUUUAUAGAUCUGUUUGUCUCAUUUUGCAGGGAGAGCACACUGUUCUGAAUACUCUAGCUGUAUAAAAAUCAUAAAGUCUAGUAGUAAUCACCCUCCAGCUUUGUUAAUGUUUAAGUCGUUUUGGCUGUUGUAUUUUGCAUCCUAUAUGAAUUUUACAAUUAUCUUGUCAAUCAGCAACAACAAAUAAAUCUUCUGGGAUUUUAGUUGUAAUUGCAUUGUAUCUAGAGAUCUGUGUUGGAAAAACUGCCAUAUCGACAAUACUGAGUCUCCUGACUCUUUAACAAUGUAUAUACCUUUUACCUCAUUAUUCUCAAAUUUUUCUCAGCAAUAUUAUGGAAUUUUUGAUAAUAUGCAGCCUUUUACAUUCUUAUGAGGUUUUGCUAAGUACUGCAUUGCUUUUAAUCCUAUUACAGAUUAUAUGUUUUUUAUUUCAAUUUUUGAUUGUGAGUGUAUAUACAAUUUGAUUUUUUAUAUUUAUCUUCUAUGUUUCAAACUUUUGAAACUCACUUUUUAGUUCUAGUAGCAUUUCUGUAGAUUCCAUUCGAUUUUCAACAUAGAUGAUUAUAUUAUCUAUGAAUAAAGACAGCUUUCCCUGUUUCUACUUAAAAUUGGAUGGCUUUUAUUUCUUUUUCUUGCCUGAUCACAGUGACCUGAACACUCAAAACAAGCUUGAAUACAGUAGUGAGAGUAGACCUCGUAGUCUUAUUCUUGGACAAAAACAAAUCACUUUUUUAUCUUUACAUUUAAUCUUAAGUGUAGGAUUUUGUAGAUGACUUUUACAAGGUUGAGGCAGUUCCCUUCUACUCCUGUUUUGGUCAGUUUUUAUCAGGAGUCCAAAUGUGUUUUUGUCAAUUUAUUUUUCUGCAUCUAUUUACAGCAUAUGGUGUCUUUUUUUAACUAAUUUGUUGAUAUGGUAAAUUACAUUAAUUUAUUUGCCAAUGGUAAAGCAACCUUUCAUUCCUGGAAGAAACUCCACUUGUUUAUCAUAUACUAUCUUUUUAUAUAUUAUUGUAUUCAUUUUUUAAAAUUUUGCUUGGAAUUAUAAAAAAUGUGAAUAAAUAUGUACUAGGUAUUUGUGUAUUUGUGUAUGUGUAUUUUAAUCUUUGAGUAAUAUAAAUUAGAGAUUUUUAGUUUCUCCACUUCAAAUUUAUCUAUAAAUUAGAUAUAAUGUAGACCUGAUUUAGAUAUAAAUUUAUGUAAUUUAAUUGCCAUACAA